UAUUCAAGUGUAACAAUGAAUCUAACAGUAGUAAAUUUAUAUACGAUGCACAAACGAUAUUUAAUUUAGACAAAUCUUAAAUCAACAAUCAAUUUGUACAGUAAGAUAUAUUUCUGAGAAAUUUAACUUCAUGCUCAGUUCAUAGGCACUUUAGUAAAAAGCAAAUUAUGAAUAGAGAUAAGGCGUGUAUACACGUUUUCUUCCUCUCUUUACAAAGUAACUUGUACGUGUAGAGGCACGUCUCUAUGUGGAUAUAUGUAUUGCAUAUAUAUAUAUAUAUAUGUAUAUAUAUAUUUUAUAUAUACAUAUAUAUGUAUGUAUGCGUACAUAUAGAUAAUACGAAAUACAGCAUCAGAUGAAUAUACACGAUGUAUGAAGAUUAAAAUUAUACGAAAACUGUGUCUUAACCGCAAUUACUUCAAGUAUGAUACAAAGAAAUGUAUAAAUAAAAUAUUGGAAUCGAAUUGACUAUAAUUUCGUACAGUGAAUUUACAAGGCAGACAAAAAUAAGACGUAACUGAUAUAGUUUUAUCAUUAGAAAAAUAGCAUUGCAGGUUACAUUUUCAUUGACAAUGGCACAGUCAACAGCCAGUGGAACAUCUUCUCGACGAUACAUGAGAGAACAUGAUGUCAGUGUACCAUCCUCUUCACGGUAUGUGGAUAGUGAAUGGGAAACCAAAGAGAUUAAUAUUUUAGGCUUUACGACAAAGAGAACUGGAAGAAGCACGAGCACGAGCAGCUCAAAUGGAAAAAACGAUGAGGUGGUGGUCCGAUUGUACUGCUAACUGGCGUGAGAAAUGGAGUAAAGUGCGUAAUGAAAGGAAUAUGGCAAGAGAAGAAGCAAAAAUGCUCAGAGCUAAAUUAGAAAUUGCUGUGAAAGAUGCAAACAGUUAUAAACAUGAGUGUCAGGAACUUGAGUUGCAAAAUGAACAAUUGAAAAAAGAAAUGGAAAAGAUACAUAUGAUACUGUUAAAACAUGCAGGACAAUUUGACCAACAAAUUUUUACAGUUUUAGAAUCUGAUCCACAAUUAAGGAGUACACUAGGCAUAGAGGAACUUUUAAAGUUUUACAAUAAUGUAGAACGUAGUGAAAGUGUUAAUUCUCAAAAGGAUUUACUUGCAUGUAAAACUUCAUUGGAAGAUUCUAAUAUAUGCCUAGGAAGUCAUAGUAUUCUACCAGAUAGAGAUAUCGAGGAAUAUGUGUUGCAAGGGGCAGUACCAAAGCAUGCUGUAGAAUUAUAUAAAGAAGGUUCCAUACAUUCAUUGGAUAAAGAUAUUGCAAGAUUAGUUGCAGAUUCUAGUUCCAUAGAAGGUAACGUAGAAAAGCAUCAAGCUUCUUCACAAAAUGAUGAAUCUUUUGCCCAAAAAAUAUUAAUGCUUCAGUACAAAUUAGAUGAAGCAACAAAGACCAUUUCUACAGAAAGAGAAGAAAAGAAUUCUUUGCAUCGCGGUAUGGAGAAAUUAAGGGCAGAAAUAAUACAACUGCGUAAACAGUGUGAUGAUUUAGAAGAAAGUAAAGCUAAAGCUAUGAGAGAACUACUUGAGUUGAAAGAUCGGUUUCAUACUGAACUUGGUGAGGCACAAAGUAAUUUAAUUGAUGAUGCAUCAAGUAGAGAUAGCAUGAAUCGUCGUUUAUCUGAGCUCAGAGCUGAGCUAGAGAAGCUUCAAGCUGAAAAUGCCGCAGAAUGGGGAAAACGAGAACGGUUAGAAACAGAAAAAAUUUCAUUGGAACGGGAAAAUAAACAACUUCGCAAUGAAUUACACGAUUUACAAGAAAGGAUAGAAUCACGACGAUCACGUCCAGUUUCUACAUCCGACAGUGAUACGAGACAAUUGCAACAAGAACUUUUAGUUAGAAAUACGAUAUUAAAAAAGUCUUUGGAAGAAAAAACAACAGAGCUCUCACAUGUAAUGAGAAGGUCAGAACAAUAUGAGGCAGAAGUGAAGAGAGUUAGAGCAAGAGUAGAAGAAUUGAAGAAAGAAUUAGCUGCGGCUCAAGAUACUGUAGAUUCUGUAACUAAUAGCGUUCGUAAGUUAAAACAAGCAAAUGAAGAUCUUGCGGAACAAUUAGAAUCUGCUAAUGUGCAAUUAGAACAUUUUCGCAAUAGUACUGAUUCCUACAUGGUAGAACUAGAAGAAAAUGUUGAAGAGAAAUUAUGUGCAACUAAUGACGGCAAAUUAGUGGAUGGAUAUGGAUCUCCAAAAGCCUAGUAUUCACUAAUUUCAAUAAUAGCAUUAUAUUUUAUCUGAGUAACAAAUCUGAAGUUUGUAAAGUACUUUUUUCUAAAUCUCUAAAACACAGCAGUCAACGUAACGGUACUUUUUAAUUGUAUAAACAAAUAUUAACGGUGCAGGCAAGCAAUUAAUUUAUUUGACAAGUGAGCAUAAGUAAUGAAUAAUCACUGCCUAUUUCAGUAUUGUAUUAAUGUUUUAAAUCAUUAGGAUACAUUCUAGAUUUAUAUCACUUAUUUGUCUUUCUUUUUUUUAAUAUGUAUAUUUAUAUUUUGUACUUUUUUAUUUUGUAAGUUUUUUCUGAAUAUCUACAUUUGUAAAAAGCUCACAUUCCAAUGUGUUAUUUUUCACUUAUUUUUAUUGUACGUAUAUAAAUAUUGUAUAUAAUUAAGGUAUCUAUGUAAUUAUAAAUUUUGUCUCUUACCUAAAGAUCAGUAAAGUCGAAAAAUGAGUGACAACUUCCUACCUUCUAUGAUACCUGAUAUUUAUGUUAACAGUUUAUACAUUGUCACAAAUAUAUGUAAAAUAAGCAAAACACUUGUGCGAGUAUCUAUAUAUGUUAUCUAGUAAUUAAUAUAAUUUAAAUAUUUUAUAAUUUUAUUUAGAGAAUUAUUUAAAUUUUUAUGUGUCUCCAAAUUUGAAGAAAAUAUUCUAUAUAUAUAUAUUUAUCGCUUGAUGUAAUUUACAAUUGAUGGAAAAUAGAGGAGAGAAAUCUUUAUUUGUUUAAUAUGUGUUUUAUUGAUCAAGUUGGAUAAAUAUUAGUAACUGAUGUAUUGCUAAUAAAUCGAUAAUGAUGCACAUUCAGUGCGAUUACCUCAAUAAAAAUUAUACAUAGUAUGUAUGUGCGUGAGAGACAAUAGAAAUAUGAUGUACAUUCAUAAAAUGUAUGAACGAUCAUAAAUAUUUGUGUUUGUAAUUAAUGCAGAAGAUAAAGAAUAUAAUAGUUUAAAUUGUAAUAAAAAAUAUCUUUAGUAUUAAUAUACUGUGGAGUACUGUAUGAA